UGUUGCUGUUUCUGACACAGAGAGAGCUUGAAUUCCUUUUGACUUGCCAUCCUCAGCCUCCUCAUGCCUCCAUCUCCACUAGACGACAGGGUAGUAGUGGCUCUCUCCAGGCCCAUCAGACCUCAGGAUCUCAACCUUUGCUUAGACGCCAGCUACCUUGAAUCUGCAUCUUCCGUCAGCGAGAGCCCCUCGAGUCUCCUCGGCGCCGCGGUCGUGUCCCUCAAGGCUGCUAAUCUCACGUAUAUGCCCUCAUCCAACGGCUCUGCUCGCUCCUUGAGUUGUGGAUGCAGCAGCGCCAGUUGCUGCACUGUGGCAACCUACGACAAAGACUCUCAGGCCCCGACGCAAGCCAGCACCAGCAGCGCCUCUGCCAACGUAGGAACCUCGCCCGCUUGCCCUGCGAGCCAAAUGGUCAACAACAAUGAGAACUCUGGCACUGUGAAUCCGUCGAGCGGUGUGGGGAGCCCCGUCUCGGGGCCAACCAAGCCCCUGGCAAGCAUCAAAACCAUCUACCCCAAUGACUUGGCUAAAAAGAUGACCAAAUGCACCAAAAGCCACCAAGGGCCCGUGAUCAUUGACUGCCGGCCCUUUAUGGAGUACAACAAAAGCCACAUCCAAGGGGCUGUGCACAUCAACUGCUCCGAUAAGAUCAGCAGGAGGAGGCUUCAGCAGGGCAAGAUUACAGUCUUGGACUUGAUCUCUUGCCGGGAAGGCAAGGACUCCUUCAAGAGGAUCUUUUCCAAAGAAAUUGUGGUUUAUGAUGAGAAUACCAAUGAGCCCAGCAGAGUAAUACCUUCACAGCCCUUGCACGUAGUGCUGGAGUCUCUCAAGCGAGAAGGCAAGGAACCGCUGGUUCUGAAAGGUGGACUCAGCGGUUUCAAACAGAACCAUGAGAACCUCUGUGAUAACUCCCUCCAGCUUCAAGAGUGCCCCGACAGUGGUGGUGGAGGUGGGAGUGUUGCUGCCGCGGUGACCUGUACGCUACCUCAAUCCGUCCCGACCACUCCAGACAUUGAGAAUGCCGAGCUCACCCCCAUCUUGCCCUUCUUGUUCCUCGGCAACGAGCAUGAUGCUCAGGACUUGGAGAAGAUGCAGCGGCUGAACAUUGGCUACAUCAUCAACGUCACCACCCACCUCCCCCUCUAUCAUUAUGAGAAGGGUUUGUUCAACUACAAGCGGCUCCCAGCUACCGACAGCAACAAGCAGAAUCUCAGGCAGUAUUUCGAAGAGGCUUUUGAAUUCAUCGAGGAAGCUCACCAGUGUGGGAAAGGUCUCCUUAUCCACUGCCAGGCUGGUGUGUCACGUUCUGCCACCAUUGUCAUUGCUUACCUUAUGAAGCACACGCGGAUGACCAUGACUGAUGCCUAUAAAUUUGUCAAAGGCAAGCGGCCAAUCAUUUCUCCUAAUCUUAAUUUUAUGGGGCAAUUAUUGGAGUUUGAAGAAGAUCUGAACAAUGGAGUCACACCCCGCAUCCUUACGCCAAAGCUCAUUGGGGUCGAGACUGUUGUGUGACAGUAAAGAAGCAUCAGCGUCAGAUGAUCAUCUUCUUCACUUGACCUGGACUUCAGGAGGCUUGGGUGUUUUUUCUUUUCUUUUUAGUUUUAUUUGGGGAGGGUUUAUUUUUAAUACAGACUGGACAAAAAAAGGUGUUUGAAGAAAAGGCUCUACAAAUGCAAGGACUUCACAAAUAUUGAGGUGAAUGCCAUUGCAAGUCCAAUUCACCUCAAAAAAUGGAUGAAGGAGAGAUGUUUAAAGAAGACACUGAUUUUUUUUUAAUCUACGUGUGUGAGAGAAAGAAACUGGACUAUAUAUAUGUAUAUAUAUCACUUUUUGGUGAUUCAGCUACAGUACAAGUAGCUGAAUGACCAAAAAGAAUAUAUAUAUUCUUUUUUUUUUUUUUUGGUGAUUCAGCUACUUGUAGAGAUUAUGACUAAGUAGUCUGUGCAGGUUCAUAGACCGAGGACAGCUAUGUUUUUAAAAAAUAAAACACAACCAGCCAAAACAAAAGCAAAAAGACAACUAAAUCCACGGGCCUUGAGUUUGCAAAGGCUUUGCUAAAGAAAACGUAAGCAAAAUGCUUGCUGGUGCAAUGAAGGUCAGAGCAGCUUAAACUAUCUGCAGAUCACUCUCUCACACUCCUGACUAAAGAAAACUUUUUAUUUGCCAUAUUUCAUCUUCUGGUACUAUUUUUCUAUUGGUAGGGGUGGGCAGUGGGUGGGACAGAACAUUUUAACACCAAGGGACUUGACUAUUUUAUGCCAUAUGCCUUUACUGGCUUCUUGUGCAAUAACAGUUUUUGGGAAUGGAGAGAGUUCUUUAUUUUGAGUGUUCAGGCCAGUUACAACUGGCUGCCCAUUAAUAAUAAUAAAAAAUAUUUUUAAAAAACAAUGCAAAAGUGGCUGGCUUAAUUAAGAAGAAAGAAUCCAACAAAAGCAAUUAUUUUUUCCCUUUUUUUAUUCUGGUUAUAGUGCCAUAAACCUUGUUACAUAUGUAUAUCAGAAUGUAUAAAGAACAAGCAAAAUUUAUUUAAAUAUUUUUUGCACAAAAUGCUGGUGUGUUUCUGUUCAUGUAAAACAAAGUUGAUUAUAAAAUGAAAACUGUUUUAGAAAAUUUGUGUGUGUGCAUCCUUUUUUUUAAAAAAAAAAUGUCUCUAGUAAAUGCUC